AUGUCUGAACAAACAGUUUCAGCUGAGCUUCAAGAAAAACAAAAGCGACAAGACGAGCCAUAUGAAGUGUUCAUGUACAUUGUAACUAUCUGGAAGAACGGUUUCACUGUGGAUGAUAGUCCGUUAAAGAGUUUGGAUGACCCUGAAAAUGCAGCCUUUCUUGAGAGGAUAACAAGGUUGGAGUCCCCACGUCUACUCGAUCCAGUUCGUGUUCAAGUCGAACUCAUCAGGCAAGCAGAAGAAGAAGAAUUCAAUGAACAAGAUACAGCUCUUGCAGGAUCACAAGCUUUAGCCGGCUCAUUAUCACCAUCCGAGGCGUCUGGGUCUCCUCCUACACCACUACCUGACUUUGACCAAACCAUUGAGAAAGCUCGCAUCGCCAACUCUAUCCUCAUCCAAAAUCUCUUACUUUUUUUUCCAAAGUAA